AUGGAGCAUUGUUUUAAGUGUAAAGUUUCAUACCCUCCUUACGAACUCAAAAGUUUUAAAAGCGGAAGAAGUUUUUGUUCAACUUGUAUUUUAAAAAGUUUUUACAGUUGCGAAUAUUGCAAAGAAGAAUUUAUAUUAGGUGACUUCGCUGCUGAUUAUAAUGAAGAAACUGCUUACUAUGAAACUAGUUCAGGAAAUAAGGACAUAAUGGAUUUGGAAAAAUUAGUGGGAGCCUUGGAAUGUCUAAAAUUUCACACCAAAAGUCAGAUAAUUAUGAGGCAAAAUAAGAUUACUAAGGAUUUUGGUGAAAAAUUAAGAGUUGAAGAAGAAACUAUUCCUAAUUUGUUCUAUUUGAACGGAAAAUGA